AUGCCAUCUACCACGCAAGAGCCGUACUCUCUACCCGGACACAAUAGCCUGACUUUGGGGUACAAGAUUUCGACGGAAUCCAGUUUUCAGGCUGCUGUCAUGAACAAUAAGAAAGAACCCAAAUUGGAUCCAGCGUGCCACCCAAGCCCCGGGAUAUACCGAGCUCGAGAGCUUGUCGAAAUUACCGCACCAUUACUUGGCUCCAUUCUUCAUGCACUGGGGAGUGAUGACAGUACAGAGUUGUCAUCUCCAAAAGUUUUGAUCGAUGGGCUGGCUGCAAGCUUAGCAGUCACCGGACGAGAAUCGACACUACCUCUGUCUUAUGGCAGAAGUGACACCUCCAGGAGAGAAAUCUCAGAGCAAGCCCAGAAGAUAGGAGAAGCUCUCGUGGACUAUGCAAGAGAGUCCAUCCAAACCGACAGUUCCAAACAGUCGCUUAUCAAACUUUAUAGCCAAUGUGAGGGUCAUUUGUGGACCCAGGAAGUCGCCGGUCUCUUGCUUGGCCCUCGAAGCAAUGCACAAUUGAUGCAGCUCUAUAAUGAAUGGCUGCAUCGAAUCAUCCUCCUGCGUGAUGCUUUAUUGCCGUUUGAAAACUUCGCCGAAGUUCCCCUGGUCAUCCCGCCAACGAGCAAGCAUGGUUUAAGGGAUUUCGAGGAACCCCGGAAGGAGUUCCUGCUCCAGUGUUUGACAGGAAGAGUUUCACAAGCCGCCAUCGUCGACGUGGCAAAGGUCUUCACCGCAAGGAAUCUAGAGCCUGGUGGGUACGGCAUCCAGUAUUCCCAAGGUCUGAUCUUGCCGGCGUUCCUGUCCUCUUCACCGUCUAUCCAUCUCCUCCGGCAUCACCCCGCCCGUCUUGAUGACUCUCAAGUCGACAUAUUAUUCGAUUACGAACACCCGGUCUACUUUGAUGCUGAAAGAAGCGACCUACCUAAAACAAACAACAGCCUACCCCCCGGCCACUGGCCACCUGCAUCGCUCCUCGCUCUUAACCCACUGGUGACAAAAUCAUCAUUUGGCGUCCAUAAGGCUAAUGACUCAUCCAGGAGAGUUUUGAAGCUUGGAAUCUCUCUUGAUGGUGCUCAGCCCUUCGCCAUUGAUAUCGGUCAGAUUGCCAGAGGCCACAGGUACGCCUACAGAUGCAACUCCGGCGAGGAGAAGAAGAGGCCGUUUCAAUCAGACGAGGCAAAAGAGCCCCUUUUAGAAAUAGCCAAACGGAAUGGCAGCAAGAUAAAUUUGCUUCAUGUCUACGAUACUGCUAAGAUUCUUGGCCUUCCGGGGUUUGUUACCACUGACGAGGGAAGCCGUUCAGAUGAUCUGCAUCUCUUCAUGGCAAAGGAUCCUCUGAUUCAAAUGGCUCUCCUUGGCAAGCUUUACCCCGAGAAUGUAAUACUGAUAGAUGAGGAUGAUGACCCUGAUAAAGCGCUGAAGGUUGGGAAGGGAUUUGGGGGUCGGUUAGUCGUCAUCCAAAGCAAGCGGAGGAAAUGCUCUGAUUAG